CCCGCGCCCUCCAGAGAGCUUAGGGGCAGGGGCUCCCUGUGCCUCCAGCUCCGCAUGGGGAACAUCAUCAGGGCCCUCGUGGCCUUCAUCCCUGCUGACCGCUGCCAGAACUACGUGGUCAGAGACCUCCGGGAGAUGCCCCUCGACAAGACUGUGGAUGUGAGCGGGAGCCAGCUGCGCCGCCUCCCCGUGCACGUGUGCGCCUUCACGGAGCUGGUCAAGCUCUACCUGAGUGACAACCAUCUCAACAGCCUGCCUGCAGAGCUGGGGCAGCUGCAGAACCUGCAGAUCCUGGCCUUGGAUUUCAACAACUUCAAGGCUCUGCCCCAGGUGGUGUGUACCUUGAAGCAGCUCUGUAUCCUCUACCUGGGCAACAACAAGCUCUGUGACCUCCCCAGUGAGCUGAGCCGGCUCCAGAACCUGCGGACCUUGUGGAUCGAGGCCAACUGCCUCACGCAGCUGCCGGAAGUGGUGUGCGAAUUGAGUCUCCUGAGGACUCUGCACGCGGGCUCCAACGCCCUGCGACUGCUGCCGGGCCGGCUCCGGCGCCUCCGCGAGCUGCGGACCAUCUGGCUGUCGGGCAACCUGCUCACUGACUUCCCACCUGUGCUGCUUCACAUGCCCUUCCUGGAGGUCAUUGAUGUGGACCGGAACCGCAUCCGAUACUUCCCCAGCCUGGCCCACUUGUCCAGCCUGAAGGUGGUCAUCUACGAUCACAACCCGUGCAGGAACGCACCCAAAGUGGCCAAAGGUGUGCGACGCGUGGGAAGAUGGGCCGAGGAGACGCCAGAGCCCGACCCCAGAAAAGCCAGGCGCUACGCACUGGCCCUGGAGGAAAAUCCGGAGCCACAGGCCCCCGCUCCGCCUCCUCCACUUCCUCCUUCCAGUGCCUGAAGAGCGGUGGCUGCAGGUCAGUCCAAGGACCCCACUCCAGCGUGCUCUGAGGACCUCUCCAUUAGAGGGGAAGGCAUUUUUCUGGGUCACUGGCCGGCCUGCUGGAGAGCCAGGUGAAAUGCCACAGAGCAACGCUGCGGAAGCCUUCUUGUCCAACAGUGUGUCUUUCAAAGGGAAGUUGUGCCCUGUUGGUGGCUGGGCUAUUCAGGGUGAUGUUAACUACUUCACAGGAAAAACGGCUUCUCCAAGCAGGUGUCUUGAACCCUGAAGAGUGAGAAGGGUUAGGACACUGACCUCCAUUCUGCAGCAAAGGUUGGUCAUGAAGGUUGUGAAACGGCUGAAAUAAGGCACUUAUUAAAGAACCUGCUAGACGUUCCGGUGGCUUGCCCUGGCCCUUCGCAGGAUGUGUUUUCUUUACGGUGAAUGGUAUCUAUGCAUUGUUACCAAUGCGGGCCACUGCCAGUAGGACAUUUCUACCUAGGUUGUCACAUUCACGGGAGGUGGGGGGCACCUGUUUGUUGUGCCUGGGCUCAAGAUGAAACAUUUUCCCAAGUUUAACACUCUGAAGACUCCUGCCAGAGAAUGCCUCUUGGGGUCCAGCUGCCAAUGGUUCACACUGAUGUCACUCGUUUUUUUCCUUGAAAGCCUGGGGCAAGGUCUGCUCCCCAAUGUGUAUUGUCACUGAGGACCUUAGGGGUCAUCUGAAAGGUAGUCUCACUUGUGUGCAGUCCCGCUGUUCCCAGCCAAGCCCCUUCCGCCCCAAUAGAGACCUCCUAGUUCCCUGUCCUUGCAGGAAUGCCACACCCCUGGAACUACACAAAGCAAAAGGAGUAGGUGAGAAGUUGUUCCUCUGAAGCUUAAACUGCAGGCUGGAGGUUAUGCUAAACAUCUCCUCUGCCCUUUUCACCUCAGCGUUCCUGCUUCUGUUUCCACUUGUUUUCAUUUUUAAAGACAGGCUCUCUUGCCAGUGCAUAAACCUAGUUACUUUGGUCUUUAUUUUUUUGGAAGCAUAUAAACCUUCUCAUGAAAACUUUAACUUGAAAGAUACUGCUGUCAGU